AUGGUGUUCCGUGUGCUGCGGCCGACGCUGCUGAGGGGCAUGGUCGGCGCCCUGGCAAGAGAUCCCGAACAGCUGGUUUGUGGCACCACAACCGUCCGCCCUAGGCUGGUGUCCUCUGCUAUGUCUGCCACCGAGCUGUCUGGGUCAGUCUUUGCCGAGGCGGAGGAACCCUCGCCCGAGGGUCAGCCUCGCCCUGCUUGCAAGAAGGAGGGCCCAAUGAAGGCUUACGAGGAGGGUGUGGCCUGUGGCGCUCUCCGCCAGGACCCGCGCCAGGCGCUGACGGCUCGACGCCUGCAGCGCGUGUUUGACGACCUGUGGGACGUGCGGGGCCUGCCCCCCAGCGGCUCCAACCGGCGCGGGCGAGGCCUGACCCUGGUGCACGCCGCCGAGCCUACGCCUGCUCCGCGUGGCGGCGGCUGGCUGUCCGGGUUCUUCGGCGGGCAGGCUGCUUCGCCCCCCCCGCAGGCCCCCGCUCCCCGCGGCCUGUACAUGUAUGGCGGGGUGGGGGUUGGCAAGACCAUGCUCAUGGACAUCUUUGUCUCUGUCCUGCGCAUGCACUUCCACGACUUCAUGAUAGACGUCCACACACGACUGCGGCAACACCAGCGAACGGCAGACCCGCUGCGCAAGAUUGCCGACGAGAUCGUCGCGCAGACCAAGAUACGCCGGGCAUCGCUGCUUCUGUUUGUGACGGACGUCGCAGAUGCCUCCAUCCUGAACCGCCUGUUCCAGAGGCUGUGGAGGAACGGCCUGGUACUGAUAGCGACCUCCAACCGCCACCCAGACGCCCUGUACGAGGGCGGGCUCCAGCGCGACCUCUUCCUCCCCUUCAUCGCGGCGCUCAAGGCGAGCUAG